UCUACUUCAUCGAGGGCGAUAAUUGAGAGCAUGGAUUGGAUUCAGUGGUACAAGCAGAGUGCAGGAGAUUCUCUCCAAUUAAUUUUAAUGCUGCGUAAAAACACAGACCCCGUUUAUGGACCAGGAUAUUCUUCCUCAAGUUACAAGACAACUUAUGAAAACAAAACGAGCAAUCUGACAAUUUUGAAGACUGACGCAGAAAAUGAAGGAAUGUAUCACUGUGCUCAUACCAAUUGGCUUGAAUCUACGUGGAGUGGAACUUAUUUAUCAAUAAAAGAAACAAGAACAUCAAACAUUGUUGUUCAGCAGCCAGCGGUUUCACAUUCUGCUUAUCCAGGAGACUUGGUGUCUCUAAAGUGUUCACUCCUCACUGACUCUGACCAAAAGUCAUGCUCAGGAGAACCCGACGUGUUCUGGAUUCGAUCUGGAUCUGACAAAUCUUACCCAGAUAGCAUCUACAUUGAUGGGGAAAGAUCAUCUUACUGUGAAAAGAGAGCCGACAUUCAGCAGAGAUGCGUUUAUAACUUCUCCAAGAACGUGAACGCCUCUGAUGCGGGAACUUACUACUGUGCUGUGGCCACGUGUGGAGAAAUAUUAUUUGGAAUCGGAAGUAACCUGAAUAUUCAAGAAUCAAGUCUGUCUCCACUGGACACCAUCACAAUCAUUUGUCUCCUAUCCACAGUUUUAGCCAUAAGUUUAGCAGUCAUACUUGUCCUCAUCUGCCUCAUCAACAAAAACAAAUCUGCUGUCAAGCUGCAAAAACGAAACAGUGAGAAAAGCCAACAGGUAAAGUAUUAA